UGGAGCCUGCGACUGUAACAUUAGAUUCAAAUAAUUAACUUAUUGUAUUUUCAGAGAAAAAAAAAAAACACGCCAAAAAGAUAAAAAGAGAAAGGAAUCUUAUUUUCGUCCUGUACCAUGAUUUGUCGAACGAAGAACUGUCAGUCUGUCGCGUCCCUUCACUGUCAUUUCCAUUUUUCCAAUGCCCUUUUCGGUCUUUUCACUUCUCCAUCACCGCUAUAUGAUCCAUCCACCAUGCUCAGAGCGCAGCAUUACACAUUCACACUACUCUCAAACACGAGAAUUCGGUUUUUUUUUUUUUUUGUUAAAUUCAUUUUCUUGAAGAAAUAUUUCGUCGGAAAAUGGGUUUUCCGGUCGGGUAUACGGAUCUUUUUCUGCCGGAGCUGCUGGUGCAGGUGCUCAUGGUUAUGGAUUUCGUGAGAAAUUUGAUUGCCAUGUUUUUCGGCAUUCUGGGUCUGGACAAUUUCUUGGAACCGGAAAUGUCGUCGUCGUCGUCGUACCCGACACCGGAGGAAUCCAAGUCGGAGCUCCAAUCCUUGUCCGCCACCCUUAUCCGGGAGCUCUUGCCGGUGGUGAAGUUCUCGGAGGUGGCGGACCGGGCAGAGAGCUGCACGGUGUGCUUGUUGGAGUUCGACGGCAACGAUGAGAUCCGACGGCUGCGGAAUUGCCGGCACAUAUUCCACCGGAGCUGCCUGGACCGCUGGAUGGACCACGAUCAGAAGACGUGCCCGCUGUGCCGGACGCCGUUCAUACCGGGGGAUAUGCAGGAGCGGUUCAACGAGAGACUGUGGUUGGCUUCCGGCGUUUCGGAUUUUUACGGCGAGAACUCGCAGAUUGUCGCCGGUCUUUAGUGGCCGCAACUGUUUUUCGUCUCGUUUAAUUUAUUUUUAUUUUAAGUUAUAUGUAGAAUGUAUCUAGGAAGUAUAUAUUAUUACCUGGAAAAGGAAUGAAAAGAACAGUGAAAAGGAAAAAGGAUAAUUUGUACUUUUAUAUUCCAUUUUAAAGAGAGGGGAUCAUAUGUCGCUUU